AUUGACAGGUUUGUCCGUGUUGUGUAUGUGAAGUGUGCUGAUAGUGAUGGAUCAUUUGACGCUCCUGCCGAUGUCCCCUGUGAUGUUAAUUGUGCGGUCAAAAAGCUCUCUUUUAACGCCCAACUUCUUCAGACUUUUACAGCAGAAAAUUUAUAUCAACAUGGCUUAGGACACAAAACAUUCCGGAUAGAGGAAGAUGAAUCUUGUUCUCCUAAGGUUCAUAUAUUUACUAGCAAGUUGACUUCAGCAGAGGCUUUAAGCAUGACUGGAGAUCAACUGUACAACACUUUCUUUAAAGGUAAGCAUAUUGUUUAAUUUUUUUGUCUCUCUUCUCUUCUUUUCCUCUUAACCCAUUCACUCCUGGAGAUUUUGCCGAAAAACGCGUUUUGAAGCUAGUCGAGUGGUUUUCUGGUCACUGUCGUGCUAUAAAGAGCUAAAACUUACCACAAACCGGUUUACAGGUCGUACACUUGGCGGCCUUCUGAUCCAGAUGCAAAAUAUCAGCUUGCGAAGUUCGGGCAUGCGCAGAAAGCAAAAUUUCGACAUAGUUUUUGGGUUUAAAAGUGACACAGCAGUCUUGACUUUUACUUUUCGCUUUCUCACCUCCCUUGUUUUUACGCUUUUCUUGCCUCACUUUUUUUUUCUCUUGCUGGGCAUUUAGUAGGCUUCAUUUUGGUGGGAAGAGUUUUUAGGAAAGCUUUUAGGAUCUUAGGAUUAGGUGAAAGGAAAGGUAGGUGGGUAAUGGAACAAGAUUUUCAUGGAGAUUUUCAGGUCCUUGUCACGUGGUUUUUUGCUUCUUUCUCCGGUGUCCUUGACUGAAUUGUGGUCAUUCUGGUAUGGUUUGAAAGAUCUCUUCACUCUGCACAAGUUACCGAAGAAAGUUGUCCUUGACCGUUAAAACUGAUGACGUCACAAAGGGUAGAAAGGACCUGGAUCCGCACGGGCGGUUACGGGCGGUUCAGGGGCGAAUGGGUUAAUCAAAAAACCUAAAAAUGGCCUUUUACCAACUUUUUCACCUGAUUUUACUUGAAAUAGACAGAUUUGGUUGUUUUAUGCUGAAAAGUGGAUUUUUUUCAAAAAGCUUGGUACUUUUCUUAACCCAUUCGCUCCUGGAGAUUUUGCCGAAAAACGCGUUUUGAAGCUAGUCGAGUGGUUUUCUGGUCACUGUCGUGCUAUAAAGAGCUAAAACUUACCACAAACCGGUCUACAGGUCGUACACUUGGCGGCCUUCUGAUCCAGAUGCAAAAUAUCAGCUUGCGAAGUUCGGGCAUGCGCAGAAAGCAAAAUUUCGACAUAGUUUUUGGGUUUAAAAGUGACACAGCAGUCUUGACUUUUACUUUUCGCUUUCUCUCCUCCCUUCUUUUUACGCUUUUCUUGCCUCACUUUUUUUUUCUCUUGCUGGGCAUUUAGUAGGCUUCAUUUUGGUGGGAAGAGUUUUUAGGAAAGCUUUUAGGAUCUUAGGAUUAGGUGAAAGGAAAGGUAGGUGGGUAAUGGAACAAGAUUUUCAUGGAGAUUUUCAGGUCCUUGUCAGGUGGUUUUUUGCUUCUUUCUCCGGUGUCCUUGACUGAAUUGUGCUCAUUCUGGUAUGGUAUGAAAGAUCUCUUCACUUUGCACAAGUUAGCGAAGAAAGUUGUCCUUGACCGUUAAAACUGAUGACGUCACAAAGGGUAGAAAGGACCUGGAUCCGCACGGGCGGUUACGGGCGGUUCAGGGGUGAAUGGGUUAAUUAUUACCUAAUCAACUGAGGGGUUACACAAUUAUUAUUACUGAUAAACCAGUAGUUUCCAUUGUGGCCGAAAGGUUAAGAAUCCCAAAUGACUGGAGGCAAACCAGUUGGCUAUUUACAGAGGGUGGUAAAGGGGGGUAUUGAUCAUGUUUCAUGGAAAAUAAAAUGGCCAUUUCACAUUUCGUGGGCAAUAAAUUUGGCAUUUCACGUCUUAAAAGGUUUUUAUACGAUCAAUUUUUCUUACUUCGGUUAAGAACUACAGCCAAAGGACUGCCUUGUUCGAUGUCCUCACCAUUCUCCCGCUUCUUGUUCUUGGUGCUGUGAAAAGGAAACUGAGGUCUUUGUUUAGAAGUUGAUGCACGGCACCAUCUUCUUCUAAAACAGACUCAUUGUCAUCAGAGGAUUUGUCAUCGUAUUCAGAGAGCUGGUCUGCUUCAAUCAAACAGUUGAAGUUAUAAUUUCUCUCAAAAAAUUAAAAAUAAUAUGAAAGAAAAUCACAGUUCAUGGUGAAUUAAACAGCUGAUUCUUGUUUCCUAGAUAAUUAUUAUCAAAAAUCAUUGCUCACAGCAAUUACCUAAAUCACGUUUCACAAGGAAUAGAUCAAAAGCUAAUUUCACAGUUCACGAAAAUACCCUUUACCACCUACUUUACAAGCAUGGCUGAGGGGUUGAACUCAGGACUACCAAGGACAAAUAGCAGAUAGGGCGGGAAUUGAACCUGGGGUCUCCAGAUUACAAUUACGACUCUCUCUAACCACUCAGCCAUCCAGCCUCCAACGGAUCAACUAUAUGAUAUAGUCGGUGACAACAAAGGUAUGCAGAAACGAAAUCAUUCACCUUUAAUCACCAUACUCCCCCCAAAAAUUUCCAGUGACCUGUCAUAAUUCUUUAUAGCAUCAUUUGUUUCUUUCUUUGAGUCAUCCCUUUAUGAAUUCCACUGGCAAAUGCUUUGCUCAGAAGUGUAAUGCUAUUAGGGCCUGGAAUCCAGUCUUUUGAGAGUACUGUUGUAUGCUCUUAGGAGACUGCACUCUAACCUCUGGAAGUUUGUGUACUAAUUUUAACCACAAGUUGUUUUCUGGAUUUAAACCCUUAUUUUUUAGAGGAUGGGGUCUAUAACUGUGACAAGCCCUACAAACUAAAAUAUAUACUUUCAGCAAAAACACCACUUGAGAGAGUUUAUACAUAUCAAAAUAUCCAGUCCAUCCAUUGAUAUGUCUAGACCAUUUACAGCUCCAUGUUAAUCUCAGGCAAAUCUCAACUUACAUUGAAAAAGACGCAAUGAAAACCCCUGUAAGUCAAUUAAGAAACUAAAUAAAUUAAUAUUUUGAAUAAUUUGGCCCCUUUUUCCUAUUUCCUUCCCUUGAGUAAUUAUCAUGGGGGCAUCUAUUAGACAGGUGCUGCUCAUUAGAAAGGUGCAUCAUAAUACAAACUUAACAUCAUAGAGUGUAGGAUAGGGGUUUAUUAGACAAGAGCCAUUUAUUUAAGAGGGCUUGUCAAUUAGAUCAUUUACAGCAUUAUGAUUAUGGGAUUUCUGUCUUUGUUUUCAGAACUCAAGUGCUCAAAUCUUUAUGAUCCAAUGUGUAAGUUCUGGACUUUUAUGUCCUGCACCCAUUAUGACCCACCUCCUUCAGAUCAGUUUGAUGAGAAACUCUUUACAAAAUAUGUCAAGGCCCACACUGCCCUCGGAGGAGGGAUAGAACGUAACAAACCUUGUCCUCCCGACGUGUGGACCCGAAGUUCACAACUUCUCAACCACGGAACAAAAUGACUACGUUCUGAGUAAUUGUUUGACCUUGAGAAACUACUGUCACCUCCAAGGUAGAUUAAACAAAGAUGAAUGUAAACCUUUAUUUGUUCAGUUUAAACUCAGUAAUAAUAUUAAAAAUAAAUGUGGACUUUGAGUCUAAAUUAUUUGAGUAACCCUUUUCCUUCUCGAGACAUUUUGGCUAGUGUUAAAGCCUUUGUCAGUUGAAAUAGUGAGAAUUAUUGCAUUUAAUUUAAAAAGGCUAGCGUGGUGAAAAAAUUCCUUUAUUGUUGUCAACCUAUGUGGCAUAAUCUUCUUAGGUCUUGAAAAACUUGUCAAUGAUUUAGUUUGAAAGUGAGUUGCUUGGACUCUUGUCCAUUGGAUAAGUCAGCUUUCAAAGUUACCUGCACAGCAUGAAAAUAUCACGGUAGACUGGACUACCGGACAGGACCUUUUCAUGCCCUACCUUUUUUCCUACUUUGUGAUCAGAGGUUUAUUUAUUUAUUGUCCAAGUACUUGCUUUCCAUCUAUACAAUGAUUCUUUCUCUCUUGCAUGGCUUUUAGCAUUAAUUAACAAAGUCGCUCGCGUCCCUCGUGAGUCAUGUAGUUGGUUUGUUUUACACACCCCAGAGCAUAUAAAACAAACCAACUACGCGACUGACCAGCGACACAAAUGACUUCCUAAACAAUUACAGCCAUGCAAGAGAGAAGCCUCUGUUCACAGGGCAUUUGUUCCAAGAUUUACAUUAAUUUUUACUAAAUGGAAUUUCUAGCUUUUGACUCAAUGUUGUCUUGGACAAAAUCUUUAUUUUGAUCAUUAAAAAUUUCAUAAUAUUAAUGUAACCCCAUAACUACAUUAUUUAUAAUCUGUACAGUGGUUUUAACUUUAGAUUCUGUGGAUGAAAUCCCAAUGUUGUUAUUAUUCUAGUAUCUAUGAAACCUCUUCAGCCCAGUGACUGUGUAGUUCUAACUAUUGAGUUAGUUGAUGGACUUCUUUGGUGUGACCAAUCAAAUAAAAGAAAGAAAGCCCCACGGCCCUCACAAACAAGGGAUAUAAUAAUUAUAGAGAGAUCCUGGAAAAUAAUGUGGUCCUUCACCAUGUAAUUUGACUGUUUGUUUAUAUUACAGGUCAAAAUAUAAUAUUCAGGUUGAGUAAUGUUUUACCUAGAGGUUGAUUUUCAAUUUCCGUUUUCUGCUAGCCCUAAUUCAUAAAUGAUUAGAGCAACAAAAGAAAUAGAAAAUUAAUUUUAUUUUGACAUAUAACAUAUACAUGUAUAGAAAUCCUUUUCAAUGGUACUCUUACUUGUUGCCACUAUUUUCCCAUCAUUUGGAAGUGUGGUUUUCUUCCCUCUUGGGAGCAAAAGAUUUUUCUUAUAAAAAGCUUUUUCGUUUUGUUUCAGGGGCACUUACUGGGCAAACUACGCCACUGGUCUUGGAGCUUCAAUGCAUGAACUCGGUCACUGCUUUGAUCUGGCACACACUCCUAAAGGCAUUAUGGGUAGGGGAUUUGAUGACAUGAACUGUGUAUGGACCAUGUGGAGAAAACCCAGUUCAUUAGAAAAGGAUCUGAUAGCUGAAUCUGUGAAGCCAGGUUAGGUGCUAGAGAAUGAUUGAUAGUAGAAACAGUUGAACUUUUACAAAGCAGACAACUGUGGGACUGUAGCUAGGGUGUGCUUGAUGGACUGUUAAACAUUUUUAAAUGUAGGUUCAUUUUAAAGAAAAAUGGGGGGACAAAUUUGGACUCACUGAAGCUCACAUCCUCUCAAAAGUGGUUGUCUGCCUAGCAUAGAGACAGCAGGUGUUAUCAUACCAGGAAGUACAAUGACUGAUGAUUUUGUAAUGCAAGUGUCGAUAGCCGAAUUUAAGAUUUGCGGGCAUAUUAAGGUAGAAUAUUCCAUGCAAUAGAAUAUUACAAUUCGUUUAAAAUCUGUAGUAAUCUUUUAGGGAAGAGGCGCAGUAUUUGAUACUGUGAAAUACAAUUCCAAGGAGAACUCAUUAUACAGAUAUGCCAGAAAUCAUGGCACUCACACUUUCCUGCCCAACCAUUUAGUCAGUUCUGUGAUCAUUUUGUAAGAAAAAAAGUGACCUAGCCCCCUAAACUCAGUAACUGUUUGUGCUUUCAAUUAUAGAGGAACAUGCCUGUCAUCUUGCACUUUUCUUCCUGACUUCAAGUGAAAAACAUACUUCUCAUAUGACGUGUGAGCCAUUAUACCAUACCCUCCAAAUAUGGUAACUGUACGCGUCUGCUCAAAAUUAAAAACAAGCUGAAAAUCGGUUGUAUAUACAAAUAAAGUCAGGAAGAAUUCCCACUAUUUUGGGGCGUUUUUAAUAAAACAGUUGUUGGAUAUGAGUUGAUUUUAGCCAACUCGGCACUACACGCCUCGUUGGCCAUGUACCAUCUCGUAAUCCAACGCCCACCUGUGGAAUAAUGUUGUUAGAUAUCCUUUUCUCCUUUGUCACAGUAGACCCAGAAAAAUCUACCAACAGAGCUGUAGCAACUUCAGCUCGUGUGUCAACCACAGGCUACUCAGCUGCUGAAGCACUUGUAUCCCGAUCACAAGAUAGGAGUGUGUCCGUUGAAAACACCAACGUUGCCACACCUAGUGAUUGGACCCAUGGAGCCCACUGGUAUAGAUCCUCUGCUGUUCUGCUUUCUUAUCAUAAGUGAGUUUCUUCUGUUAGCACAACUUUUAUACUGUGUAGAUAUAAGUUAGUUUUCAGUUGAAAUAGGUUACUAUGAUCAAACCUCUAUUAAGCGGUCACCCCUGGGAAUUAGCCACCAGAUGACUGCGUAAAAAAAUUUUCUAAAUUAACCCCAUUAUGUUGCAGAAAUUGACAUAGAGGGCAAAAUUGAACACUCUAUUCACAGUCUUUAUUUUGUUCACAACAACAGUAACAACAUUUAUGAUAAAAGUACAGUUGAACCUCUCUACAAUGGCCACUGUGGGGACAGAAGAAAGUGGCCGUUGUAAAGAGGUGGCUGUUUUAGAGAGGUUUCAAACAAGAGUCGAUGUAUGGAUUUUUUCUCCUCUGGGACGAAAAAAAGUCGCUGUCGUAAAGAGGUGGCCUUAGCGAAGGUUCAAGUGUAUUUGGAUAUUUUAAAGAGUUCACGCCUAAACAAAUUUUACAUUAAUGUUCAUCAGGCAAGUGUCUUUACAAUCAAGCACAUCAUCAACAAUUUUAAAACCUCAUUCAACAUGAAGAGAGAGAUGUGUAUUUAACAGCCCAGAUUAUAAUCUUAUGUUGCAUGUGAUGAGUUAUGAAAGAAACUGGACAUGCUUUGCUUAUCUUUGUGUCAAAAAAUGUGCCAUUUAUUGAUUGUUGUGUAGCAAGCUGACUGUUUAGCACAGGUAAAUCACAAUAAAAUUAGCCAUUUGGGAGAUCCAAAUGGUGACCACAUCCGCUUUAUACAAGUGACCGUUGAAUAGAGGUUAAAUUAAUUUAAAGGAAUUAUGGGAAGCAAAUUUCAAGAAAUUGAUAGGCGACCGCUUAAUAGAGGUUUGACUUUACAAUCUUACACCUAACUACUAUCAACUGCCUUUACCAGCCCUUUAUCACCACUUCUAUUCUCUCCAUGGGCACCUCUAUGUAAAGAAGGACACCUCCUAAAAUGGUCUCUUUGAGUUUCACUAGCCAGGAAGGUUUCAGAAACUUCUAUUUUUGCCUUGGAAACAAACUUGCUAUGUUUUUUUUAGCAGUAUUGUAUGCAUCUUUUAUGAUCAUCUAUUAGCAAACGGGAACAAGGGUGGCCCAGUGGUGAGAGGACUUGUCUCCCAUUAGUAUGGGGCCUGGGUUCAAGUCGUGGUGUCUACACCACAUGUGGUUUGAGUUUGUUGUUGGUGCUCUCCUUUGCUCCGAGGGGUUUUUCUCCAGGUCCUCCAGUUUUCUCUUCUCCUCAAAAACCAACAUUUCCAAAUUCCGAUUUGACCAGGAAUGGUAGAUAAAGAACCACUUUUAAUUGUGGAUGCACAGCGUACUACCUCUAAAUCAUUAUUUAUUUUUUUUAUUUUAUUUAUAUAAUUAAACAGCUUUUCCUGAGAAGUUUAUGGCAUCAUUUUGUUAUUAAAUCCCUUUUGCUGAUCAUCCUCACUAUGACAAACAGUAAUUCCCAGUCCUUAUUGGUGCAGUCUCUCUCAAAGACAGUUGACUACUCGUAUAUGACUAAAGUUUCUUUGAUUCAUAGAUGGUUAUCCAAUUCCAGUCCUGAAGGAGAUGAUGAAAGUGUCUUUAACAAUCCCUUAGUGCACUGGUGUCACAAUGUUUGUGGUCCUGUUGGUAACAGUGGUGGCUGCCAUCAGAAGAAUCAGCAGUCAUUCAACAGUGUCAAGUGGCUAGAGUCCCAGGGGGCAGCCCUAGGGGGCUUUAUUAUCCACACUGGGGAAUAUGUUAACUGCAUACAGAUCAUAGGAAAUCAAGAACAAUCUGGUAUGCCUUUCAAUAUCUAUUUAAUGAUUUUGUGAAGCUUGAUUGUCUGGGUGGGCGUAGUCCUGAAAAGGACUGUUGUCAUUGACAAGUCAAGUCAAGUCAAGUCAAGUCAAGUCAAUUUUUAUUUAAACUCACACAGAAUAAUUAUAAUUAAUACAAAUUAGUGCUUUAGAUAUAAAAUCGAGAGACUGUGAAGGGAAAGGGGAUUUCAAUUGUAGGUUUAUUGUGCAGAGUUUGGGACAACUAAAUAGUUUGUGGAACUAACUGAGUAGGUAACCCAAACAAGAAUAUGAGUAGAAGGAAUGUAGAUACUGACAUUUUGACAACCUGUGCGGUAGUCAUCUUCAGAGUCAAACUGUGUUGUAUCUCGUCAGUUGAUGGUAUUAUACUCUGGUUAUUCACCUGAUUGGUCAAUUAAGUCGUGAUGUUUGGUUGUCUGUCAGUUAAGCCGUGAUGUUACUGGCUAUGAUGACUCUGAAUGUAUUGGUGUGUUUUGAUCCAUCUUUUGUCCCAGUUUAACAGUAAUUUCUUGAUAGUCGCAUUGUUGGUUGUCUAGUAAUUCUGUUGUUGUAAAUUUUGUUGAGUCCGUCAAUUAGUCGUCUUAAAUUGGUGUUCAGCAAUGUGAUUGUUGACCUCCCCAUUUUGUCGCUCGUUUGUAUUCAGUCAGUAGCGUGCUAAGGCUUUUGCCGGUCUCAACAUUGUAAGUGGCCUGGUCCUGUAUAAUACUCCGUAUCUGUCCUGUGUCACUGGACAUUCAGAGUCAUCAUAACCAGUAACAUCACGGCUUAACCGACAGACGACCAAUAAUGUCGUGACUUAAUUGAUCAAUCAGGUCAAUAACCGAGAGUUUUAUACCAUCAACUGACGUGAUGCAACUAACUUUGACUCUGAAGAUGACUACCGCACAGUUCGCCGAAACGUCAGUCAUUGUCAACAACAACCGGAAGAUAUUGAAGAAAUCUUAGCAACAACGCUAUUAUUCCAUUUUAUAAUAGAACUACGCCAUGGAUUUUCACUAUAAUGUAACAAUUCACAAACACAUCUGUAGUCCUGGCUAUUCUACCAAAUGGCAGCCAUUCCUUUUAGCAGGGUUGGGAGGGGGAGGUGAAAGUGGGUGGAAAACUUUCUUGACUUAUGGACACAUGUUAAAUAUCAAUCCUAAGUGUUUUGAAACAAUAACCUAACAUUUGUAGGAACUCUCCUAGUCAUGCGAUUUAAAUUGUACUUAGCAGAUGAUAUUAAGGAGGACUAUGAUCAACUGCCUAGUUCCCCAGAACUAAACUUUAAAACAGAUUUCCUUUGAAAUCUCCCUAAAGUUUCUUUCCAUCUAAAAAUGCAUCCGUUAGGGUGGAGUCCUUGGGAGUGCUUGAUGGGUGAUUUUUUAAUGGUGAAGAAAAAUGAAGGAGGGACUGUUUGAAAUAGUGAAAAAAGGAAAAUUUAAGAUUUAAAGGUGACUGGAAAAUGUUGAAGUGAAUUAAUACCGCAAAGGCCAGAUAGUCCAUCACACACCGACCCCUUUAAGAGACUAACUUGUUUCUUGUAUACCAUUUCAACCCUUUUUAAUUACAAUUCGCACCCUUUUCGAGCAAAAGUUCAAUGAUCAUGACUGUUGGAUUUCAUUUUUUCUUGUCACUUAUUAGACUGCCAAGAGGUUUUGUCGGAUCCCCAUGGCACAGAUGGCGUAGGAAAGCGGUAUAUCUUCACCAUCAGUUCCCCGGAUGAAUACAUCACCGGGAUUGAUGUCAGAGCUGGAGGAUGGAUUGAUGCGAUUAGACUCCACACUAAUCAAAAGUCUAGUAUAUGGAUGGGAGGGGUGGGUGGUGAUGAAUACCACCUUAAGGCUCCCCCGGGGAGAAGUAUUCUAGGCAUCAUUGGUACAAGUGGAGAAUUUGUUGGAUCGCUUGGAGCACUUCUAAGCAGGUACUUGUGGCAAUACUUUAGACCUAAGUAGUCUCAUACUUACCCCGGGUGCUAAAGGCUUUUCAUGCGUGGUUUCCGGUUUCGUUCAAGUCUCAAACGUGUCGGCCUUUGGCCGACGAAGCGCCUCGUCGAUCGCACGCGAGAAAAAUCCUCUGGUACCCAGGGUACUUCAUACUUUUCUCAGGGAUGUUAAGAACCAACAUAGAAUAUUUGAGUGCGCAAGAAAAUAGCGGAUGGCUUUUUUCACGCGCGUUCACGUUUUUCGAUUAUUCCGUUAUCCCAGGUCUACUCGCGCAGUCUACAGAUACCCUAAAACGUCACUCAAUUUACCCCUAUUUUAAAUGUUUGCUAGUUUCGAGGAUUCAACUCUUGGUUUUCUUACUGUUCUUUAGUCAUUUUCUUUGAAUCUCAAUAAGACGUGUAUCUCUCAAACACGGACACUUAAAAAGAAGGGAUUGACCAUAAUCACAGGGGAAAAUCUGUAAAAAGGUGUAUUAGGUGAGGUUACACGGGACACUUUUCCCUUAAUAAGCGACCCUUUUACCAUGGGAAAUUGGUGUGGUGCGUGUGACCGGACUUUCUCGAGAUAAAUUUACUUUUUAAUAAAAAAACUAUUUUUAAAUCUCAAUAAGACGUGUAUCUCUCAAACACGGACACUUAAAAAGAAGGGAUUGACCAUAAUCACAGGGGAAAAUCUGUAAAAAGGUGUAUUAGGUGAGGUUACACGGGACACUUUUCCCUUAAUAAGCGACCCUUUUACCAUGGGAAAUUGGUGCGGUGCGUGUGACCGGACUUUCUCGAGAUAAAUUUACUUUUUAAUAAAAAAAAAAACUAUUUUUGAAUCUCAAUAAGAAGUGUAUCUCUCAAACACGGACACUUAAAAAGAAGGGAUUGACCAUAAUCACAGGGGAAAAUCUAUAAAAACUAUCAUUAGGUGCGGUUACACGGGACACUUUUCCCUUGGUAAACGACUCUUUUACUGUGGAAAGUUGGUGUGCUGCGUGUGACCGCACUUUCUCGAGAUAAAUUUACCGUGAAAAAAAAACCAUGAAUACGUCAAAAAGAAGAAAGAAACCGCCCAUGAUAUUUAACGUGGUAAAUAGCUAGGAUGUUUCGAUACCAAGGAGAGAAAGCCAAUCUGGAUUCUUCAUUAGACACCAACAUGAAAACACAAAUAAAAUGUCUUUAUUUUAACAAGUUUUUUUCGGACUGUUUCUGGAAAGAUCGAUGUUGACAUAUGGCAGAUUUCACGUAAAGAUGAAAGUAACAGGGAAUUAUUAAGGCAAGAUUUCAGCUGGUUUGUUGGGCUAGGAAUAUUGUUAAGAAUAGCUUUGCGUAGCUUUUAAGAAUUAUUUAGAGAGAUUUAAGUUUUGAAGACGUGCAUCGUAUUGAUUAUUUGGUUAAUUUUCCUGGGGAAAUUCCUUCGUUUUCAGUGAUUCUGACGUUGUAGCGACCAAAGAAGACGCCGAUGACAAACUUGUUGUUGACGCGCCAAACGGAAUAAGACUGAUUGAGCUAUGGAACAAGUCACACAGUGAAGUCUAUAAGCACUGGGAAUUCCUCCAGCCCAACCCACCAAUCACUUUUUCUCUCUCCAGGGGAGAGCUUAUGGACAAUGCCUCUACGCUGUUAGUCGAAGACGACAAGGGAAACAUUGGUCGUACAGGAUUCGUGUAUGAUUAUAGCGAUAUCCUUUGA